AUGCUUAAAGUCAGCACUUUUAAUAUAGUGCGAGCGCACUAUUAGCUUGCUAUGCCCCCAAUACCUUCUAAGUUUGGCUUUACAAUGGUGAUAAAAUCAACCCAAGGAAGAACCAAUCUGCACUAUAAAUGGGCUUGCCGUUUCUGAACUAGUUUUUAAUAAAUAUUAUUGUAAAACAAAUCCGAAAUUCUCGCUCCCUCACCCUCCAUUAGCGAGCAAAGUAAUUUUUUUCCCUAAUAGACGGGUGAAUUUUGUUCGUUAAAAAUUUAUAUAUAAAUUUUAUAGUAAUUUUUUUAAAAUAUUAAAAAAAAUUAAUUAAAAAUAAUUUUAUAACGAAUAUUAAUUUUAUGUUUUAAAAUAAGCUGAUUAAAAUUAAACAGAAUUAUUUCGAGAUUUCAUUAUAAUAGUUAUCACUUAUAUAUUAAAUUUUUUUUCAUAAAAAUGUUUACAUUAAAUUGCUGCUCACGGAGGGUUUUUACCCAAAAAUAGGAUUUUUCUAUGGUUAUAUCGCUCAGGGAUUGAGGAAAGUCAGGAAACAUCGGAAACAUAUCGAGCCAAUAGAAUGCUAGCAUUAUAUCUUGAACUCUUGCUUAUACUAUGAGCACAGAAGCCCACUAAUAACACGAACAAUUAACGAAAUGGAUAGUGACAUUGUUGGCCUUCAAGAAAUAGACUAUAAUGGAAACGCAAACGUCUAUAACCAUCCUGGCUACAGCUUUAUUUUUUCCCCUGCACCUAUUCCUUUAAAAUGGACAGAGCUUGGCUCAAUAAAUCUUAAGAUUGAUGGUAAUGGGAUACUAAUCAAAAACCAUAUAAAAAUAAUUGCUGAGGGUUAUUUGACAUAUAAGUCAAACACAAGAGUAGCUCAAAGAAUGAAAAUAAGAGUUGAUGGCAAAGAAAUUUGGAUAGUGAACACCCACUUAGACCAUAUUUCAGAUGAAGUUAGGCUAGAGCAGGCUUUAACACUAAUUGAAUGGCUGAGACCUAUGAUGGAUAGUCCUAUAAUUGUUAUGGGAGAUCUAAAUUGCUUCCCUGGAUCUGAGACAUAUGAAGUCUUUAUCAGGCAUUUUAAAUCUUCAAUGAAAGAAAUUUAUGGAAAAGAGCCAGAUGUCACUUGGCCUACAGAAAUGCUUGGAAGCAGAGAGAAUUGGGAGAGGUUUGGGGAAGUUGGGUGCAUUGACUAUAUUUGGUUCAAGAAUCUAAAUGUAGUGAAUGGAAGAGUUAUUACAGAUAUUAAAGAUGGUCAGUUUUACCCAAGUGACCAUUAUCCAGUUCAAGCAGUAUUUGAUUUAGGGAUUCCUAACUAA